UCUCAUUUGAUGAUCGGUAGUCCAUCGAUUUAAUGUCGCCUCUUAAUUUCUCAAUUAAGGCUUGCAUUUAAACGGUUUAGCCUUUCUGGUGUAAAAUUUCAUGUUUGUUGACUUUUGGGGAAGGCUAUACUAGUGCAAAUGCAGGCUCUCUCUUUUUCAAUCAGAGCUAAAUCGGUUUGGAUCCUACUUUUUCGUUCGGUUUCAAAAGAACCAGGUCACGAUAGUGUUCAAUGGCAGGAAGUGUGAGUGUUCAAAGUGUAAAUGGAUCAUCAGCCAAGAACAGAUCACUCAGAGCUCAAGCCUCUGAAGGUGAUCUUGAAACUGCCAAAAUCCAAGUGAAAUCAUCUGGGAACGUCUAUCCAUAUGUUGGUAUUGCUUGUUUAGGGGCCUUUCUGUUUGGAUAUCAUCUGGGGGUCGUAAAUGGAGCUUUAGAGUACCUCUCCAAGGAUCUUGGGAUUACUGAGAACACAGUGUUACAAGGCUGGGUUGUUAGCGCACUGCUUGCUGGUGCAACUAUUGGUUCUUUUACUGGAGGUUUGCUGGCUGAUAAAAUUGGGCGAACUAAAACUUUUAUGCUGGAUGUAAUUCCACUUGCAGCAGGGGUAUUUCUUAGUGGCAUAGCAAAAAGUGUAGAGACAAUGAUACUUGGUCGUGUGCUUACUGGAGUUGGAAUAGGCAUAUCAUCAGCUAUUGUGCCGCUUUACAUUUCCGAGAUCUCACCCACUGAAAUUCGUGGCACUCUUGGAUCUGUCAAUCAGUUAUCCAUAUGCAUUGGGAUCCUAGCAGCAUUGGUGGCUGGACUGCCUCUGGCAGGGAAUCCGUUGUGGUGGAGGACAAUGUUUACUAUUGCACUUGUUCCAUCUGUACUAUUGGCAGUAGGAAUGGCCUUUUCUCCUGAAAGUCCUCGAUGGCUUUAUCAGCAAGGGAGAAUUGCUGAAGCGGAAGUGUCCAUAAAGAGGCUAUUUGGGAAGGAAAGAGUUGCUGAGGUUAUGGGUGAUCUGGAUGCAGCAGGUCGAGAUUCCUCUGAACCAGAAGCUGGAUGGCUCGAUCUUUUUAGCAACCGCUACCGAAAAGUUGUGAGUGUUGGUGCAGCUCUCUUCUUGUUUCAGCAGUUUGCUGGGAUCAAUGCUGUUGUUUACUACUCUACUUCGGUAUUCCGAACAGCUGGUAUUAAAUCUGAUGUUGCUGCCAGUGCUCUAGUUGGCGUUGCAAAUGUUAUUGGCUCAACUGUUGCAAUCUCGUUGAUGGAUAAACAAGGAAGGAAGAGUCUUUUAAUUACAAGUUUUGCAGGAAUGAGGAACUACUGUCGACAUUACUCCUAUAAGUUUGUUGCAUUCUGGUCUCGUAAUGUGCUUCAUUUAUGUGUUUCCGUUUCUCUUCUUUCAAAGGGUGCUUCUAUGCUGCUGCUUUCCCUGACUUUCAGUUGGAAGGCUUUGACACCUUACUCGGGCACACUUGCUGUACUUGGCACUGUCCUUUAUGUGCUGUCGUUCUCUCUUGGCGCUGGUCCAGUCCCUGCUCUGCUACUUCCUGAGAUAUUUGCCUCAAGAAUCCGAGCAAAAGCAAUGGCUUUAUCUCUGGGAACGCAUUGGAUAUCGAAUUUCGUGAUCGGGUUGUACUUCUUGAGCAUUGUGAAUAGAUUCGGCCUGAGUACAGUAUACCUGGGAUUUGGUAGCGUCUGCAUUCUAGCAAUUAUGUACGUAAGUGGUAACGUGGUGGAAACCAAGGGCCGAUCUUUGGAGGAAAUAGAACUUGCUCUCGCUUAACCAGCUUCUUGAACAUACACUUAAUUGAGUGUUCAUUGGAAUGUAAUGAGCUCAGUUCUAUGUAGACAAUUCUCACAAUAAUUUGAUAUGAAUAUGAGAUGGCCUAUUUUUAUCUGUCA